UACCAUCCACCACACAUUUCUCUUCUUUCUCUCCAUUCCUUUACUCAGUACAAUCAACUUUUAAUCCACCCCUUCCUCACCUCCCAAAAUGCAAUUCUCCCGCCUCACCCUCCUGGCCCUCGCCACGGCAGCAACAAGCGUCACCGCCCAAUCCACAGACUCAGCGACGGCCACCGCCUCCGUCGUCAACUCCUUUACCAACACCGGCUCCCACACCGGCACGCACACCGGCACGAAAUCGCACCACCACAAGGCGUCCGGCACCGGCAUCAAGACCGAUCAUCACUCCAAGAACGGCACCGCGACCCUGGGCCCGAGCGGGAAGAGUCGCGCGUCUGUCGCGACGAGCGUGGGCGUGUCGUCUGCCUCGCCGACCACUGCGGCUGGUGCCACGUCGGCUUCCGCUGCUACCUCUGCGUCUGCGUCUGCUGCGUCGUCGAGCAGCCAUAGCGGCGCUGCCGCGGGAUCUGUGCCGUAUGUGGGCACGCUGUUGUUGAUGUUGCUGGGGUUUUAAGAAGAAGCAUUGCGCGUACUUUGCUGGAAGGGAAAUAUGGAUUACUUGGAGCGUGGUGU